AUGUUGUAUGGUAACAACAAAUUAUAUGAAAGAGCUCUGGAAUCUCACACGCGACACGGAGAGAAAUGGGGUUAUCCAACAUACAUCAAGCGACAAAACGAAUACUGUGGUUACUGGAACAAGCCAACCUUCAUGAUCCAACAAGUGGCACAAGAACUCGCCAAGCCAGAGCAUGAGAGAGCAGAAUGGUUGAUGUGGGUCGACGCAGACUCCAUAGUUCUCAACCCAAACAUCCCAGCCGACAUCUUCCUUCCGCCUCGUGAGUUCUCCCACAUCAACAUCGUCGCGGCACGCGACAUUCAAGGCCUGAACACCGGUGUCUUCUUCGUCCGCGUACACCCUUGGACAAUCUCAAUGUUUGUAGAUGGCAUGGCCUUCCCCCUCUGCAACCCCAAGAUCGAGCUAGGAAACGAUGCCGACCAAGCCGCCAUGGCCCGCACAGUCGAAAAAUCCAGCGGAGGCCCUGAUGGCUACGGUUUCAAACGUGGCAUUGUCUACUUGCCUAAGAAACUGUUUAAUAGCUAUGAGUUGCCUGGAUAUAUGAGGGAUGGCAGAAAAGAUGUGCUGAGAAACUUCACUGGAUUUGUUUCACCACACGCUUUCGAAGGUCAAAAGGGAGAUUUCCUCGUUCACCUGCCUGGACUUUUUGGAGAUCGUGAGCCUUUAAUGUCGGAUUGGUUGGAUAUGGUUGAGAACCGUCAGGAGGAUUGGGCUGUUCCUUUGGAAGAGACAUCAUACCUCAAAGACACACAGGCGUUCUGGAAACUGUAUGGUGAGGCAGUUGCUACCAUCAAGGAGGCCUUGAACAGAGACACUAUCGACAAAGACAUGAGAGAUGCAGUUGGACAGCUCAGAGACGCAUUGAGUGAGGAAGCCGACGAUUCGAACAAGAUUGUCGAAUACAUGAACGACCUGAAGCAGCUUCUUCACCCGGCGAUUUUUUCUGAAGAAUGA